UGUCACUAUACGAGUUUUGUUUACAACAAUAUUUCGCAGCCCUAUGAACGCGGGAAGAACUGGGAGUUUAUUUGCACUAGUUUUUUGCCGGCACUAGGCGGUUCGUACAUCAGUUGCAUCACCAAACGCGAACAUGGAACGGGCACAUUGGUCCAAGAAAUUAGAAUUUUUGUUGGCAACUAUCGGAUACGCUGUAGGGUUGGGGAAUGUAUGGCGGUUCCCCUAUCUGUGUUUUAGAAGCGGCGGAGGUGCUUUCCUCAUUCCUUUCUUCAUAAUGCUGGUGCUGUGUGGGAUUCCACUGGUCUACAUGGAGAUGGCCGUUGGUCAGUACACGCGGCAGGGACCUGUUGGGGCUCUGUCCAAGCUCUGCCCCUUCUUCAAAGGUGCUGGGCUUGCUACAGUUGUCAUAUCGUUUCUCUUCACCACAUACUACAUCAUCAUCAUCACAUGGUCGGUCUUCUACCUCUUCAACACCUUCCAAGCAGAGUUGCCGUGGACAACGUGUCAUGUUGACUGGAGUUCCACUUUGUGUUGCGAUGGCAUCACCAAUAUAUCUGUAACUGAUGGCAGUGGACCAAUGAUGUACAUGACCAGGAAUAUCUCCCACACAGAGCACAACACCACCACUGUUACCACGGUGAUGGGUCAAGUUGCAGACGUGUCCUGUCCCAAUCACACGAGGUCACCAACGGAAGAUUUUUAUCUCGAGCGAGUUCUAGGUAGGACAUCUGGAAUAGAGGAGCAGGGUGUGAUCAAAUGGGAGCUGGCGCUCAUUCUUCUCCUGUGUUGGAUUAUCGUAUAUUUCUGUAUAUGGAAAGGACCCAAGUCAACAGGGAAGGUAGUGUAUUUUACAGCCACAUUUCCAUAUGUGGUUCUUGUGAUUUUGCUGGUACGUGGUGUCACGUUGCCUGGUGCCAUUGAUGGGAUCCGCUGGUUUAUUGAACCCAAGUGGUCACUGCUGCUAGAUGCUAAGGUUUGGGUGAACGCUGCUGCUCAAACAUUCAAUUCUCUCGGAGUAGCAUUUGGUGGGCUCGUCACAAUGUCCAGUUACAGCAAGUUUAAUAACAAAAUUCUCAGAGAUGUUCUUUCGCUAGCAGCAGUUGAUGCUUUUACGUGUCUCCUGGCAGGCUUUGCAAUAUUUUCUAUCCUUGGCAACCUUGCUUACACGCAGGGCAAGGAUGUGGAAGAUGUCAUAUCAGAAGGUCCGGGCCUAGUAUUCAUCAUCUACCCACAAGCCUUUGUGAAUAUGCCAGUAGCACCACUGUUUGCCUUCCUCUUCUUCUUCAUGCUCAUCUGUCUGGGAAUAGAUAGUCAGUUUGCAUCAGUAGAAGUGAUUGUCACAACAAUCAGUGACCAUUUUGGACCACAAGUAAAAAAAUACCUCAAAAGAAAAGAAUUCCUCGUCCUUGUUGUCUGUGUUGUGUCGUUUCUCUGUGGACUUCCCAACAUUACACAGGGUGGAAUCUAUUUUUUUCAACUCAUCGACUAUUACGUGGCUGCCUUAUCUCUGAUGGUGCUGGCUUUCUUUGAAGUUAUUGCAAUCACUUGGUUUUACGGUGCCAGACGCCUAGGUAGGAACAUUGAAGAAAUGACGGGUACAAAACCACCGUUUGUUUUCAUCGUGUGCUGGUAUGUUGUCUCACCAGUACUUAUACUGGGUAUCUGGGUAUUUAGUAUGAUCCAGUACAAGCCUCUGUCGAUGGCGGGCUAUGAAUAUCCGUCCUGGGCUCAAGGUAUUGGCUGGGUUAUUGCUCUCGUGUCCAUCGUCUGCAUACCGGCGGGCAUGGUCCAUGCAGUGAUACAGGCCAAAGGAAGCAACAUUUGGAAGAAAUUUAAAAACAGCCUGAAAACGAGACUACAGGAAGAAAGGAUGGUUCCAUUAGUGGCACUUAAUACAGUAAGCAGCAAUCCUCCACCAGAGAACAAGGACAAAAUUCCAACAGCUGAUCCAGUAGCAGGAUCCAGAACUGUUCUAAGCAAUUCCACUCGAGAGAAUGUUUAAUUGGGGGAUGUGUUGUGUGUGUUUAACAACAUAUUUAAUGUUCAGGGUUUCUGAUGACUCAUAAAUCGCACAUACUGACAAUGUUCAUUACCUGUGACUCACAUUUUAAUGUCAAAGAGUUUGGUUUUCAACUAAUUACAUUUCAAAAAAAAAAAAAAAGGUUCUUACUAUUAAUUUAAUAUAAUAAAUUAAUAAUUACUACUUACAUUUGUUUUAAUGGAUAUAUUUAAUUGUUUUGGCUAAUUUUAUUACCAAGAGUCAUACUUGGGAUAUAUUACAGUUGUCUUAGAAAAUUCUGAAAUUACGUUUAACUUUUGCAACAUUUUAAAAAAUAGUAGACCGUGAAAAUGUUCAGACAACAGAAAUAUACAUUUAAAUAUGUUAAAUGCACUGCUUUAAAAAAAACUUAGAUUUUGUGAGAAAUAAACUUUAACACAAACAUUUUACACAGAGUAUUUUAAUUAAAAAUUACAUUUUUAAAAUUAAAAACAAAAUAUAACAUACCAUACAUUGAGAUGAACAUCCAUACAAUGUAGGUGCAACUAUAUUUUGUGAGAAAUAAACUUGAACACAAAAAUUUUACAUUGAGUAUUUUAAUUAAAAAUUAAAUUUUUAAAAUUAAAAACAAAAUUUAACAUACCGUACAUUGAGAUGAACAUCCAUACAAUGUAGGUGCAACUAUAAACCAAGUUUUAUUGGUCUAGGACUUAUAGUUUGUGCAAAAUGGAACUAAAUGCAAAUGUUGUUUUUUUUUCCAGAAAAGUAAUGCCUAUUUAUCUUGCCUUCCGACUUGGUCAAGGUGAGUCAAAAACAACUCACCCCACCCUCCUCCAUUAAAGUGAUGGACCCUAGAUUUUAAACACUAUGGCAUAUAUUUUUACUAUUAAAGCCGUUUUUUGAUAAUUUAAAUUAAAAGUACUUAAAUUUUAUUAUUUAGAAUAUGCAUUUUUGUACACUUGAAGUGAUUCUGGUCAUCCAAGUGUUUGCAGUAUCCGUAUUUCACAGAAUUUCCCUGUUUAAACAUCAGACUUUAGCUUAUCCAGAUGUAUUGCAGGUUUGUAGAUUAACUAAACAGUGUCCAUUUUCAUGGGCUGAAACUAGGGUCUGCACCUUUAAAUGGACAUAAAAACUUAACUGCACUGAUCAAGACUAUUUUUAAAUAUAGUGCACCCUCGAUUUAUUGCCCCCAAUUUAACACCAUUUUAGGUUUUUGCAUGUUUAUAUUAGUGUCCAAAUGUGUGUUGUAUUGUUCAAGUUAAGCAAGCCAUAUCGAUAGUAAUUAGUCAGUAUUGUAUGCAUAGAGUUGUUAUCCAGCAUUAUAUGCAUAAUAAUUAGCCAGUGUUAUUUUGCUAGUAAUUAUUUUUGACUGAAACCGAAAAGACAUACAUAUUUAAGAACGAGAACAUCUUGUAUAGCAACCUGCCGAAUUUGUAUAUAUCGGCUAAAUACCCAAACCUGAGUAAUACUCAUGUAGAAAAGACUGGAAAAAUAACACUAAUACUCUUCAGACAGACGAGGUUGGUGAACAGAAAAGUAAAGAAGAGAAUAAAGAAAUGUUUGACUAAAUUAUCACAUUUAAAAAUAAAUAUUGGGGUUUUUUUUUUUUUUUUAUUAUCCCCAGCCAAGUUUGACCAUGUCAAGGUUGGGGAGCCUUGAUUUCAUGGCCUUACAAUAGAGUUGCUAUAUAAGUGAAAAUGCAUAAUAUUAUAGUAAUUUAACAUAAAUAUAUUUCUAGUGUUCCCAUAUGGUUGGGGAUUGGCAAAGAAAGACAAGAUGCUAUGAUUCAUAUCUUGGAAAGAGUUGAGAAAAGUAGAAGGAAAGAAAGAAAAUACAAUAGAAUAGAAAGAAAUUAAUGAAUAAAUAGAUCGAUAAAUAAAUAAAUAAAUAAAUAAUGGGGGGGGGGGGGGACUUAAAAUCUAUGCUACGAAAAGAGACUUGUAUUUCGAAACGAAAAAACCUGCAAUUACAAACGAAAAAACCUGUAAUUCGAAACAAGCAAGUUUCAGUUAAAAAGAUUAAGCCAUUAUUGAAAAUUUCAUGUUCACAAUUUUUGUAUGAAAUAAACCUUUCGAUUUCAAAUUUGUUUCGCAAUAUAUUUUUAACUCCAUUUAUAUUUAAUGCUUUUUUCUGUACUUUCAUACUAUAAAUAUAAUAUUUAAUAUUGAUAAUCAACCAAUUUACAAAGUUGCUGUGUUCAAUAUUAACCAUACCAAACAUAACAAUAUCUUGGUUAAAACAAAUAUCAAUUCCAGUUUCAGUCUGUAUCCAAUGUUUUGUAGCUCCCCAAAUGUGGUUAACAUUAUUGCAGUAAAAAAAUAGAUGUGGUAUCGUUUCUGGAGAAUUUUGACAGAAGACACAAGCAUUUGAAUCAACAUAAUGUAUCAUGUGUAAAAAUUUAUUUGUAGUUAAGAUUCUAUGCAGUAUUCUGUAUUGAAACCAUGAUAAGGUUGAAUCUUUUACACAUCGAAAAGGAAUAACAUAAUACUUUUCCCAUUGCCUGGUAUCGUACAUAAAUCCUUCGUUCGCAUAUUUUAAUUGUGCUUUGGGGGUUAUAGUUUGUGAAGUUAUCAUAUCAUAAAUAUCUUUACAACCUUUUUUGUCUUUUAAUAAACAUUUUAGUUUAAACGGAAAAACCGGAUUUUUUAGAAUUGUGAACGUGUCAUCCCUUAUUGUUCCAAGCUUGUUUAUAAAUGAUUUAAUAGCACUUGUAAGUGAAGCAUAUUCUAAGAAGUUUGUAUUUAUAUGAUAUUUUGUUGCAAACUGUUCGUAUGUAUAAAAAUCACCUUGUUCAUUUAAUAAAUCAUUUAUAAAUAUAAUACUGUUAUCUAUAUAAAUUUUGUAUAUAAAUGGUUCGUUACCUAUACAUAUUUUGCUAUUAUACCAAAUAUCAAUGCUUAAAAUUUCCUCAACAUUUUGUGGUUUUUGAUAUUUGUGUAUCUCUAAUAAGCUGAACAAGGUGUCUCUCCAAAACGUAUUUCGGACGUGUUCAAUAUUUCGCAUUAGGAAAUAAUCGCCUUGUAUAAUCAAGUCUUUUAAAGAUGAUUGUAACCGAUUUAAACAAAGUUAUCCACUUUGAGUUAUUUAAAAACAUUCUUCGAAUCCACAUGCAUUUUAAGGCUGUUAUAAAAUUUGAUAUGUUUAUCAUUUUAAUACCACCUGUUUUGUAAUUUUGUAUUAUUAGAUUCCAUUUCAGUUUUUUAGUAUUGCUCUGCCAGAUAAAUAAAAAAAAUAAUGUAUUUACAUUUUUUAUCAAUUUGUCAUUUGGAUUUGGUAGCGCUAUUAACAGAUGGGUUAGCUUUGGCAUUAUUAAAGUUUUCAGUACUGUUAUUCUUCCUAAAACUGUUAAUCUUCUAACAGACCAUAACCUCAUUAAUUUUUGCAUUUCUAUUAUUUUAGAAUCAUAGUUCAGUGCAAUUAUUUGUUCCAUGUUAACUGCGAAGUUGAUGCCGAGCAAAUUAAAUUGUGUUGCGCCCCAUUCUAACUUCCACCGCGUACGAUGGAACACAUCCUUAGAAAACUUUUCUUUCCGAUCCAUAUAGCUUUUGAUUUAGAAAAAUUAAUUUUUAGGUCCGAUAUAUAUGCAUAAUAAUCUAAAACCAUCAAUGUAUUGUACAGAGACUCGGGAGAACCAUCAAGAAUGAAACUUGUGUCAUCUGCAUAUUGCGAAAUUAAAUAUUCUUCGCCAUCAAUACUGAUUCCCUUAAUAUUGCUAGUUUCUUAUUAUAAUUGCAAGUACUUCAGCACACAGAAUAAAUAUAUAAGGAGACAGAGGAUCUCCUUGUCUACAACCCCUUUCUAAUUUGAAAGCUUAGAUAAAAAUCCAUUCUGUAUUACACUAGAUAAAGAAUUAUUGUAAAACGUUUUUAUCCAGUUUUUAAUGGAUGUUUUAAAGUUAAAUAUAUCUAACACUUUAUAUAUAAACGACCAAGAUAAAGAAUCGAAUGCUUUUUUCAAAAUCAAUUAGUAGCAGUAAUCCAGGAAUAUCAUGUUCUUCUGUGUAUAACAUGUCAUAGAUUAAUCUAAUAUUUUCCCCAAUGUAUCUUCCUUUCACGAAACCAGUUUGGUCUUUGUCUAUUAAUUUAUCCAAAACGGUUUUAAUUCUAUUUGCGAUACAUCCUGACGCCAUUUUAUAAGUACAGUUUAAAAGGGUUAAAGGUCGCCAAUUUUUUAAGAAUUCUUUUGAUUUAUUAGGUUUUGGGAUACAUGUUAUAAUACCUAGCUUUUGUACAUGAGACAUUUCUUUAAUAGUGUAACUAUAGUUGAUAGAUCUAAUUAUAUAGUGUCCUAAAUCCAUCCAAAACAUUUUAAAGAAUUCAGCCGUAAAUCCAUCAGACCCCGGGCUCUUGUCAUUUUUCAUAGCUUUAAGAAAUGUUAAUACCUCAGUAUAUUUUAUUUCACCCUCUAAUUCUUCAGCUUCUUUAUCAGUUAAUUUAUUAAAACUAAAGUGAGAUAGUUUUUUAAUAAUAUCAUCAUCAUUUUGCCACGAUGGUGCGGAAUAAAGAUUUUGGUAAAAUUUCUUUGUUUCUUUUAAAAUUUGCUUCUGAUCCUUAAUUUCUAUUCCAUUAUCUAACUGAAUUUUUGAUAUUAAUUUACUGAAAUAAUUACGAGAUUCUAAAUUGCAAAAAUACUUAGUUGGUUUUUCGCCUUCUUCUAUCCAUUGUGACCUUGACCUAAUAUAACGACCUUUGAGUUUUUCUUUACAUAAUUCUAAUAAUUCAGACUUUUUGCUUUCGAAUAUUCUUUUUCAGUAUACUUUUCCCCCUUAUUUCCAUGAGUAAUGUUUCUAGAAAGAGUUGACUAUUUAUUGAAAAAUUUAUUUCAUCUUUCGGUAUUGCAUCGAUAUUAUCUAAAUCAUAAACUGGUAAAGCAUAUUGCCGUGUUAUUUUAGUAAUAGUUUCCUUGACUAAGUUAACAUAUUCUUUAUAACGUAACAAAGAGUUAUUGAAUUUCCACAAGCCUUUGCCUUUUUCUAUAUGACUCAUUUUUAUAUUUAAAACUACUCCUGAAUGGUCUGAACGAUAGCUAUUUUCGAUUAUAACCUUUUCCACCAUAGACAUCAGGUUAUUAGAUAUUAAGAAAAAAUCUAAUCUAGCUUGUUUUAAUGGAGUUUUUUUUCUUCCAUGUGUAUCUUCGGAGAUUAGGGUAUAAUUCUCUGAAAGAAUCUAUUAAAUCAAAUGUUUCCAUGUUUUCGUUAAAAAUUUUUCGACAUUUUGGAUGGUUUAUGUGUUUAUAGUUUUUGGUAUCGAGAUCCUGGUUUAACACUAAAUUGAAAUUUCCACAAAGUAUAUAUUUUUCAUUUCGGAAUUCUUCAAUAGUCUAAAAUAUAUUGAUAGAAAAUAUCGUUAUCUGCAUUCGGUCCAUAUAUGUUCACCAAAGUAAUUCUCUCUCCCUCUAUUGUUAUAUCGAUUACAAUAUAGUUUCCUAAGUUAUCUUUUUUUAUAUUAUGUAUUUUAUAUUCAAAAUUGUUAUUGAACAUUAUAGUUACUCCUCGUGCGUUUCCAGUAUAAGAACUAAAUAUGCAUUUAUACCCCCACUGUGCCUCUAUGAAUGGUUCUAAUUCUAAUGUGAAGUGUGCGUCUUGUAAACAGUAAAUGUUAAAUGCUUUGCCUUUUAGGUAAUGUAAUAUAUCUCUUCUCUUUUCCUUGUCUCCGAGCCCCUGACAGUUAAGGGUUAUUAUUUUUAGACAAGCCAUGAUUUGUUCUUUUCAAGAAUAUGUUUGAAAUAUGUACACACAUGUAUUGACCUAAUACUGUUAUAGUGGUUAUUAGUCUUUUUAUUAUGGAUUUGUAUUUUUAACUUGUUAGGAAAAAGCAGGUCUUUAAUUUGAGCAAAACUAUCCUUACGUUUUUUCCCCCAAAAGGAAAAAUAGAUUUCAUAGAUUAAAUGAAAUAUCGUUAGUUUUUGAUGUAAAACUGUAUACAACAAGGAUAGAAAAAUUACACUAAAAAUAUUCAUUUCUACCCAGAGGAAAGGAAAAUAAACAAAUUGAAAAACAAACAAGAAAAGAAACCUAUUAAUCAAGGGUCACGUUGUCCCCUUCUCCAACCUUUAAGAUGUAUUGAAACUAAGACCCUGAUAGUGUCAGUAUAUUGGUAUAUGGAACUAUAGGUAUUGCUGAUCGUAUUUUCAGACUAUAUGUUUUAACUGCUAAAUAUAUCUAGGGUACAUAUGUAUAUAUUGGAAUAUAUAAGCAAAUAUAAACUCGUGAAUCAAACAAGCACAUAUAAACGUUUGAAUGCCGUUUCUAAAAUAGUAACAAGUUGUCAAACCACCCGGUCACUUAUUUGGUGAGUAGUAUUCAGUUGACCGUAUCCAUAGUCAAUGAUGAUUUUUGAAGUAUACCGUUUCAAGUUUAAAAUAGUAAUAAUUUACGCCAGUAUGAUUUGCAUUAUAUUUUACAUUUUGACCAGUCAUAUCAAAUUACAUUAUUACUACUAAUAUAAAUUUGAAAAGUGUAGAACAACCAGGUAGUUGAUUUUUUUAUGUUUCCAUAAUAUACUGUAACAGUUAUCUGAUGAACAUCUAAAUAUGACACCCCGCGUAUGUAUAUAUAUAUACACUAUAAAUACAAAUUAAAUAUACUUAUUAACAAUAUACACACACACACGCACGCACGCACACUCGCCCCGACAAACCAUCCACACAUUACACACACACGCGCACAGACCUACAUAUAUGUAUGCAAGCUCACGCACGCACAAAAACAAUGCACGCCAUGCGUCACACAUGCAUACAGUUAUGCAGAUAGACUUGUAUACAUAUAUUAAUAUAUGUACCUUUCGUGUACAUCAUCUGACGUGCAUACCUACAUACAUUUCAUAUCAAUUACUAUAAGUAUAUAGAAAUAGUCACUCUAUCGAAUGGAUAUAUAAAAUUUAUAACUUAAUGGGUUUACACAUUACACACUCGCAAAUUAUUGUUAAUUACCUCUCACAACCAACACAAACAAACAAAUACAUUAUUGUUAAUUACCUCUCACAACCAACACAAAAACAAACAAACACACACACACACACACACGGGUUUCAAAUUACAUGUACUUAUAUGGUGCACCUGCUGCCGUACAGUGAUGUAUUUGUUAUUAAAAUAAAACUAUGCAUAGAUAUAUGUGCAGAAGAACAGAUAAUAUAUGAGAAACAAAACGUAUCCAAAAGUUUUUAAUAUGUUUCUUCUUCCUCUCUGUGUCCGAGUAGUACACAGUCUCUUUUAAGAACACGGGUGUAUCGACACGAGUUACCUGUUCAUUGGAUUUUAGUUUGACGUAAAAGUUCGUGUCUUUGGUCCAUGCUGCCGAUACACUAUCGUGUUCUUGUAGUUUUUUCAAGUAAGCCACAUUUUUCGCGGUGAGGUCCUCGCUGAUUCCAAUUCUGGUUUCUUUUAAUUUUCACUGGUUUUGUAACGCUCGAUUUUUAUGAAUUUUUGAAACAAAUUUGGCUAUGAUUGGUCUUGCCUUUUCGUGUUCGAACUUUCCAAUUCGGUGGGCAAUAUUUAUAUCUGCAUUUGUGAUGUUCACACCAAUUUUUGCCAAAACCCCCAGUCUUUUCAAUGGACUGUUCCGUGGUUUCAUAUUUGUCAUUAUCUGGGACACCAAAAAUUCUGACACUGUUUUUUCGGGUAUAUUGUUCAAGUUCAUUAUAUUUUUGUAGGGCAAGGUUACUUGAGAACACCGCAGAAUGUAUAUCGCUUUGCAUCUUUUGAGCUUUUUCUUUUAACAACCGAUUUUCUUUUUGUAGUUGGUCCUUUUCAAUUUCAGUGGUCAAAAUGCGUAGCUCCAGCUUUUCCAAUCGUUCAUUCAAUUGAACUAGAAUGUCAUUUUUUGUCACAUCCAACUCCUAUUUUAGAUCUUUACUUGUAAUUAACUUUUCGUUUAUAAUACUCAGUUGAGACAUUAUGCUUUUAAUAUCUAUAGCGGUGGAAUCUGGGGUUGGUUUUGGUUAAAUAUUGUGUUACUUGGGGGGUUUUCUUGAUUGAAAAUACAUGGUUGUACAUUAUUUUAAUUUUAAUUACUCCUUCUUAUGUGACAAAGUCAUUUUGAUUUACUAAAUUAUCACAUUAAAAAAAAUAUUAUUUGUUUUUACUUUAUUGAAAAUACAUUGUUGUACAUUAUUUUAAUUUUAAUUACUGGGCAGGAGUCAUAAAUUAUUUUGUUUUACUAAAUUAUCACUUUUUUUACAAUAAUGUGGGUUUUUUGGUUUUAUUGUUGGUUUUGGGGUGUUUUUUUUUUACUAUAUUGAAAAUACAUUGUUGUACAUCAUUUCAAUGUGAAUUGCCUCUUCUUAUAUGACAUAAACUAAUUUGUUUUACUAAAUUAUCACUUUA